UUAAAACUAUGUAUAGCGCAUAUUUUAGUCAAUGCAAUAAAGCAAUAAAAACUUUUAAAUACUUUAUAAGGGUAAAAGCUAUCGGAUGGUAGAGCAAUAUUUCUAGGCAUUGCAUACCUUUGGCGUACCGCAGAAAUAAUCUCUUUCCAGGCUGUUAGGUUUGAUAAAUUCAUAGACAUGGAAUCAUAAAUGCCAAUCAUUUUGAAAAAUGCAAAUAUUCAUGCGCAUGCGUACACGUUCGUAAAACGGCCGUUUUACUUUAACAAUUGAAUUGUUAUCGAAACUUUGUCACUGACUUUUGAAAAACAAUAUUAAUAGGCGUAUAUUACUCACGACAGGGAGAAAGGCAGUGGAGGAUUUUAAAAGCCAAAGCAUUUACAACUUUAAAAGAAAUGCGGUCUGUGACGGAAUCAACAUUUCUUAUUGGGGUUUUAGUCACUGUUGUAAACAAAUCAAUCGGAUACCCCUUUGAAGUUCUAAAUGGAGACGGAACUUUUGAUAUAAAGCAUUCGAUUACACAGACGCAGAAUGGCGGAGUGUUAGAAAUUCUGUAUAUACCUGGACAGACGCUCUUGGACGUCCCCGAAACGUCAAUCAUAAUUGAUAGGUACAUAUGUUACGACUAUGCUAUGGUUUUGUCUGUAGCAGACCCCGACAAACCUGGUGAACUGUCUCUUAGUAUAUCUCUACCUGGAAAUGUAACUAAAAAUGACGAUCAUAAAUGUACAAUUUCCUGGGGAGAUGAGGAACCUGACGAAGAAGAAGUUCAAAUAAAUAAGAACCCUAAAACAAUUGACCAUCAAUACACCGAGUUUGGAAUAUACAGCGUGUCGAUGAAAUGCAAGGACGAUCACAAUAAAAAAGUUGAGACGAUCUGUCCUGUGCGAUAUUCCCAAUGUUUCAGAGAUGCUGAUUUCUUUGACAACAGCAACAGAGUGUUUGACAAACCAUUGUUUUACCUAUCAACAGAUUCGAUUCAGAUCGACAGUUACAUGGAAAUCACCAGUGAUGUCUGUACUUCACCAGUCAUAAACUGGAGGAUUACUUAUGUUAAUGAAACUCAGGAGCUCUUUGUUCCGUUUGUAAAUUUUACACAACCCGAUUCGUCUGUUUUAAAAUUGCCAAGGGGAACGCUGGAAAACGGACUUUAUAUCGUGGCAUUAGAGGUUAAAUUCCCUUCAGUAAGCAAUCAUGAGUGGACAGAAGAUUUGUUCGUAAUGAAAGUGGUUGAUCCUGAGCUUGUUGCGUAUAUUUCAGGCGGCGAGUAUCUAGAGAUUCCAUUUGGAAAUGAGCUCCAUAUAUAUGGGAACAAAUCAUACGAUCCUUUGAAUGAAUCAAAAGUGCUUGAACCUUUGCAGGCUGCCUGGUCGUUUGUUGUUUUCUCUUCAUUACCACCAGAUUCUUUGAACACAAUCUUAACAGGUUUUCCUAUGAUAGCAUUGCCUUCACAAACUGUAGCACCUCAUAAAAUCUAUGAAAUACAAAAUGGAACAGAGUAUGUACUGAAGGUUGAAACUUCCUUGUUUCCUUCACUUUCGUACUGUAUGGCAGUGUUUUCUCUAUCACGCGGAGGUAGAAUGGCGUCAGCGAUGCAAAUUGUGAAGCUGAUGAGCAAUAUUUUGCCAAUUUCAAUAGAUUGUAUAUAUAAUUGUCAUGUUGGACGAGACAGGCUAUUUUACUACGAUAGACUUGAGCUAGAUCUGAGUAUUCCAGCUGGGAUAGAUACAACGAAUUUUACAUACGCCUGGUCCGUCUUAGUAUGGAACACCACAUUGGCUACAUUUUCAACUCCUUUGCUGCCUAUUGUAACUGAAACAGGUCUUCAAACAUCUUCGUUAAGCAUUCAGAAUGGCUCGCUUGUCCAGGGGAAUACAUACCAAAUCACAGUGAUUGUUUACAGUCUGAAACAUUCUCCAUCCACAGCACAAUUGGUAAAGACAGUGAACUUUGUUCCUUCUGGUGGAACAUGCCAACUUGAUGCCGGCAAAACAAUUGUUACGUCUGCUCGUGAAUGGCUGACUUUUGCCUGUGAGUCGUGGAUAAAAACUGAUGCAAUAACAAAAGUAACAGAGGAUAGUCCAAUUUUAUUUUUCACUGUGAGACAGAUUACCAUUGGAGCUAAAGUAGAAAACGAGCCCAUUCUACAAACACGCUCCAAGAAGUCAUUCGUUAUAUUGAAAGUUGGUGAUCCGAACAAUAAUUACCAAACAGAGCUUGUAAUACGUGUGACAGAUAUCUUCAAUAACUACCACGAACAGGUUCUUCAGAUAACUGCUGAUCCAGCGUUUGCUGUAAACAAUGUUGGUCCAAGUGAAGCAGGUGCAGCAAUUGUAAGGAGUUACACAGAGACUGAUUAUCCAUUUGACGAACAACAAUUAUAUGACAUGGGUAAAAGUGACAUGAUGAUUACACUUGUGUCAGCCGUUUGUAGUAACAUUCACCUGAUUGAU